ACAAGCUACGGCCAAUGAGAGGUGGGUGAGGGCGGAAGUGCCGCUUGUACGCCGCUGUCUCUAGGAGACGUGAGGCGUCAUGCGUGAGGAGUAGAGUGCUGAUGACUGGCCCUUUCGCCGAGCUGUUGACCAAUCAGGAGCCCCCACGCUAUCUCGGCCGUGAAUGUGGUUGGUCAGUACAAGGAACCCGGAAGCGGCUCUGGGAACAGGAGACAGGUUGUCGUGUGUGACGUCAUCAAACCCGGAAGCAAAAGUCCUGGUGUCACAGUGUGUGCAGGAUAAUGUGACAGGGGAGCUGCAGGUGCAGCGGAGAGAGGACUUGGACAUCGGGAACGAGAGUGCCACACCGGCAUGGAGAGAGAAAGACGAGGUGUGAGCGGGGUCCUGUCUUCUCUCUCCCUACUGUGUGUGAUCCUGGAUCUACACCUGGAUGGAUCUCUGGCCGCCAGCCAGGCAGAGGUGGAGAACCAUCUGGAGAUGGGCCGGAAGCUCCUGGCCGCGGGACAGCUGGCUGAGGCUCUCUCUCACUAUCACUCGGCUGUGGACGGAGACCCCAGCAACUACCUGACGUAUUACAAGCGGGCAGCGGUUUAUCUGGCGAUGGGGAAGUUUAAAUCGGCUCUCCCGGAUCUCAGCAAGGCCAUAGCGCUGAAGCCGGACUUCCUGGCGGCCAGACUGCAAAGGGGGAACAUAUUGCUGAAGCAGGGGGACACGGAGGAGGCCAGAGAGGAUUUCCAGGCUGUGAUGCAGAGUAACCCCACCAACGAGGAGGCCAGGAACCAGCUGGAGCGACUGCGGGAGCUGGAGGCUAGCCGGGAGGAGGCCUGGGCGGCCCAUGACAGAGAGGAUUAUGGGGAAGCCAUCAGCUGGCUGGAGAAAGUGAUUGAGCACUCCCCCUGGGAUCCCAGUGUUCGGGAGCUGAGGUCUGAGUGUUACCUCCAAAUUGGAGAUGUAAGCAAGGCCAUCCAUGAUCUGAAGCCCACAACCAAGCUCCGUAAUGACAACAGAGCUGCCUUCCUGAAACUGAGCCAGCUCUAUUACACCAUGGGGGCGCACGAGGAGAGCCUGAGCCAUGUGCGGGAGUGUCUGAAGCUGGAUCAGGAUGACAAACCUUGCCUAUCACACUAUAAGCAAGUGAAGAAGCUUUCCCGGCAGCUGGAGUCCGCCGAGGAAUUAGUCCGAGACCAGAGGUUUGAAGCCGCCAUUGAGAAGUUCGAAGCCGCCAUAAAGACGGAGCCAAAUGUUGAGAUUUACAGAAAAAGAGCCAAAGAGAGGAUCUGCCACUGCUUGUCCAAGAGCCAGCACACGGAGGCAGCCAUUAAAGUAUGUACAGAGGCGAUACAGAGGGACCCGCAGAAUGCGCAGACGCUGAGAGACCGGGCGGAGGUCUUCAUCCUGAACGAGGAGUAUGAAAAAGGUCUGUGUGGGGGGGCAUUUAACGAUUCGAAUCCAAUUAGGUGCGCAAUUUAUGCGGUAGAUACAAUAUUACCACAGUACGCAAGCCCCCGAUACCAGCGCUGUCCAGUUAAAAAUAAUGGUCGUAGUGCUAUUUACCACAAAAACCCGUGGGAAUAAAAAAAGUCUGAAAAC